AAUUCUCAAUUCUCAAUUCUCAAUUCUCAAUUCUCAACUCAAUUUCAAUAACUCAAGACACUGAGGUCAGAUGACAGACUCACUCGGGUAGACCGACAACCAACGGAUAGUCUGAAAGACUUAAAUACGACGGCAAAAUGCCGUCUGAUAAUGACAUCAAUCCUCCUUUCGAUGAUAGCUCACCGUCGGACCUUACUACCAACCCUCCUUGGCCACUCGUAAGUCGGAAUCAACAGACGCAAAUCGAAAGGACAUACUUUGAGGAUGGCGCAACUAUACAUUUCGAAAGAUUGCCCCGAUUACAGUUUUGGGCGCCCCUUUUUUUCAUGAAGGAAUCUUUUCGUGUCGUCUACGUUACCGGCAAGGCUGUCCAAGCGUCUAAGCUUUCCCAGCGCCGCUUGACUGCUGACGAAGUUAACGCUACCAGUGAGGCUGCCGCCAAUUCAGCCCGGUUCCUUACUUGGAUCCAUCCUGUUUCCUUGAUAACUACUUCUAUAAUAUGCUGGAGGACGAGAAAAACCUUUAAGUUUCCUCUCUACCAGCCAAAAAAAAGGAAAUUUAAUCCUUUUACCUUUCCCUCUAAACGUCUUCCCAUUUUUACCGGCGCUAGUGCCGUCUUCGCCUGGCAUGUUUCUCGGUUCUUUUGCUAUCUCCCUUUUACCCUAGUCGGAUCCCUUAUUUUCUUUACCUCUGUAGCAGAAUCAUCAUAUGACGCGCACUUAUCCAGAGACCCGCGCCUAAAGAACUGGCUCGCAGAUGUUAGAAGAAUUCAUCUUAACAGGCUUGCUCGUAUGCAGCGCGAGAAUCAGGGACCACAGCGAAGCUUUCCGGGACUUCCGGAUCCCGAUUCUCAGUCUUCCCAGAGGACUCCCGUUCCCCAAUCUCCGCGUGAUAAAUAUUCUUCCGAGUCGGAAAAUGAAGCACCCCGAGAAUAUGGACAUGAUACCUUUACUGGUCAGUCAGAAAGUAGCCCCAACGGAUUAGCCUCGGAAGCCAGCAGGAGUCCAUCAACGUCCUCCUCUCAAUCAUAUUGGGGCAAAGAAAUCCAGUCCCAAGCGCCACCGAGUAAAUCUCAGGACACGGUAUACUCGGAUUCAGGUUCGCAACAUUCAGAAGAUGACUUGGAUCUGUUCGAUGACGACGAUGCUUCGCCAGUCCCAGCCGCGUUAAGGAAGGCAGAGGCGCAGCAAACUCGUGACGGCCAGGGUGGCUCUGCUUGGGAUCGUAUUAGACAGCAGCAGUCACAAUCCAGAAGUGCUCAAUGGGCUCGGGGAGAUUCAUCCGGCCAGGAAAGAGGCUGGGGCCGACUGCGGCAGGAUAGGACACAAAAUCCCCGAGAUAGUCAGCCAAAGACAGAGGGCUUCGCAUACACAAAGCAAGACGAGGACAAAGAAAACAAGACCUAUGAGAAAGAGCAAGCUCAGAAAGAAUUCGAUGCAUUACUAGAAGCCGAGAGACGUGGUGGGUCGAACGGAGGAUAGGACGGGGAACAUGGGUCAACGGCAGAUUUGACCUUGGUAAACAACUACGGACAGAGUUGGGAUAGCUUGGGAAAUAAGGCAGGAACGAAUGGCCUAUGUAAUAGUAGGCACACAGGUAUGUCGGAAAAUAAGUGAGCAAUUCCGCUAUGUUAUGGAUAUUAUGGUCUUUGACGAUACAUGCCUAUCUUAAGCUAUUAAUUUCAUAUUGGGAAAUUCCGCAACGACCUAUAUAAUGUCAAUCAAAUAUAUUUCUUGUGCCCCCGAGUACAUCAUUAGAGGGAACAAAGGCUACUUGAGAAUUUAGCGUAUUAAAUAUUAAAUACCUUAGGUACCUCUUAUUACAUAUCCGUAUCUUCGCUCCCCCUUUUUUCCUUUCUCCACUUUUAUUCGUCCUGAGUUAUUUCUAUAUCCAUUCCCCCAGAGAAUAACAGAGAUAAAUAAAUCGCA